CAAACAUGACAGCAGCCUUAAAAACAGGAGCCCGUCGCGGUUGAGCUGCAGGGAGCUGCUUAUUUUCACCUUAAAACAGUUGCUGCGCCAAAUAUUCAGGAUGGCCGGAUCCAAUGCGUCCUAAAGGCGACACGGUUUUCAUUUUCUGGACCAGUAGGGCGAAAGAAGGUUUGACCACAUCACUGUGACUUCACCUCUUCACAUUUUCAAACCUUUGGAGUUGUUGUCGGAGGCUAACUUCAAGUUAAAAUAUCUGUUGCUGCAGGGCCCUGGGCACCAACAGGAAUAUUUAGAAUAAUCAUGAAUACCCACGAGUCAGACGUGCACACCAUCUCUCCGGAGCUGCCAGCAAUGUUCGACGGCAUGAAGCUGGCGGCGGUCGCCACAGUGCUCUACAUCCUCGUCCGCUGCUUGAACCUAAAAAGCCCCACAGCGCCCCCGGACCUCACCUACCAGGACACCGCCCUCAACCGCUUCCUUCUCAAAUCCUGUCCUCAGCUGACCAAAGAGUACAUUCCUCCCUUACUGUGGGGUAAGAGCGGUCACCUCCAGACGGCACUGUAUGGUAAACUUGGCCGGGUGAGCUCCCCUCACCCAAGUGGAGUCAGGAAGUACUUACCCAUGCAGGAUGGGGCCACUGCGACCUUUGACCUCUUUGAGCCACUUGGGGACCAUCGAACAGGAGAUGACAUCACCAUGGUGAUAUGCCCUGGUAUUGGUAACCAUAGUGAGAAGCAUUACAUCCGAACCUUUGUGGAUCACGCCCAGAAGGAAGGUUACCGCUGCUCUGUGCUGAACCACCUAGGAGCUCUUCCCAACAUCGAGCUUACCUCUCCGCGCAUGUUUACCUACGGGUGCACAUGGGAGUUUGCCGCCAUGGUCGGCUACAUUAAGCGGACUUAUCCUCAGACCCAGCUGAUGGUGGUGGGCUUCAGUCUGGGUGGAAACAUUGUCUGUAAGUUCCUGGGCGAGAACAGGAUGAACCAGGAGCGGGUGCUGUGUUGCGUCAGCGUCUGUCAGGGCUACAGCGCUCUCAGGGCACAGGAAACAUUCCUACAGUGGGACCAGUUCAGACGUUUCUAUAACUUUCUCAUGGCUGACAACAUGAAGAAAAUCAUCCUCUCACACAGGCACAGUCUGUUUGGGGGAAACCCAGUCAAAGUGAGAGAUCUGGAUCUUGGUCGUCUGUACACAGCGACAUCUCUCAUGCAGAUUGACGACAACAUCAUGAGAAAAUUCCACGGCCACAGCUCUCUCAAAGAGUACUAUGAGAAGGAGAGUUGUGUCCAUUAUAUUCACAACGUAAAUGUGCCACUGCUGCUAGUGAACUCUGCAGAUGACCCUCUGGUUCAUGACUCACUGCUCACCAUCCCUCGCACACUAGCAGCAAAGAAGCCGAACGUCAUCUUCUCCCUGACGCUACACGGAGGCCACCUGGGCUUCUUCGAGGGCGCGGUGCUCUUCCCCCAGCCGCUCACCUGGAUGGACAAAGUGAUUGUGGGCUACGCCAACGCCAUGUGCCAGUGGGAGAAACAGAAACCGCCGUGCCAAAGUGGCCCCCUGAGUGAGAGCUCCUGCGCAGAGCAAAAAGCGUAAACCUCUGACCUCUGUAUCUCUCUCACUCUUCCUCUUCCCGCUCACCCUCUCCAAACGCCACUGCCCCAGCACUGAGGAGACACCUGAACUAAACCUUAAAACUGCUCUCUCUCCUCUGCCUUCUCCUCUGGUGCUACUCACCGCUCCCGACCCAAACAUCCCGGUCAAACACUUCUCCACGCCUUCUCCACGGUUCCCCUUUGUAAUCACAAUCACCUCACAGUGUGUGAAGGAACAAAAAACAACUAACUGCCUUUGUGCUCAUUUCCAUCGCGAAGACUUUGACUUCAGAGCAGGAACAUUUUGUUUCUUUUCAUAUAAGACAACAAUGAUCCUUGGUUAAUGGAGGCGUUGACCAAAUAUGACCAGAGAUGAAGUCGAGCUCGCAUUAAAAAGUGAAGCGAGAGCGCCACUUUGGAGUAGUACAGUGAAAAACAAGAGCACACAAAAAGCCUCUUAUUACAGUAAUCAAGGACUGUCCUGCAGUCGGUGCCCAUUAAUGCACCUGUAAGAAGCUCACUGCUUAUCACCGCCAAGGCCAUGUAGCCUAGUCUGCUGUCUUAACCAACACAGCGUCUUUGUAGUAUGUAUGUUGUGUGUGUGUAUGUGUGUGUGUGUGUGUGUGUGUGUGCGUGUGUGUGUGUAACUGACAGAUGUAGUGUGUAUGCCUGUGUGCGCCUGUGUAGACCGAGAGGUGAAUACCAGUGACUGAGUGUGAUCUUUGUGUUUGGUAGGUGUGAUCCAAAAUCUCCGUCAUGGUCUAUUGGCCCUUCUAAAGUCCGUUCUUUAGGGGUGAACUGUUGUUCCAUUGUUUGUAGAAAAUGUAUAGUAGAAAAGUAAAGUAUUAUGGUGGGAUUUUAAACAUUAUUUCCAGCUCAUAACAUCCCCCUUGGCACUUGCGUUUGGCACUUGAAAGUGUUCAGUGCUUAGCAGACAUGACCAGGGAUCAACCCCAGAGGGGAUCCAUGCACAUUCCCCACAGGUGCAUUUUAUCACUUUGAUUCUUUACACCCUUUAUGACACAAUCUUUUCUUUUUUUUUUCAUUCUUAUUUUUCUCUUCACUAGCCAAAGCGCAGGUUUGGAGAUUAUUAAUGGUUUAGCAUUCCUUUGUUAUCGAGAGGAAGGACUGGAGGGAGCGAGGAUGAUAACGAAAAAGUUAGAUGACUCAAGUGUUCCCCGUGCUGUCUGUUGUCUUUGAGCCCUCUUACUCUUUCGUCUGCCUUUGAUCAGCUGCAGGUCCAGCUAAGACUAUGAUAUCCUUCUCUUACUGCACAGACGCUAGCACUCCACCUUCUAAACACCUCAUUUGGUUCAAACAUCUCCGUUCACUUUUGCAUUUUCCAGCAGAUGAUUCUGUGGCAAGGACUGAUUGGCCAUAGCGGAACUGUUAAAAGCAAAAAUUCAGCAGUGUGAAGUAGAUUUUUUUUCUUAUAAUCUGAGCUGGGAGGUGUGAUGAGUAGGAGGGCAGAGGACACCAACGCUAAACCAAAUGUUUAUUUUAAUGGAUUGUUUGUACUACUAGUAGUUAUACAGGUGAUUGUUAUAUUGUUUAAUUAGAUGGAGAACACUACAUGCAGGAAUGAAGAGACAGAUUUAAAUGCAAGGGAAUAUUUUUGUUGCAAAGACUGCAUUCAAAAGCUUUUCUUUACUUUUUUGACUGGGCUAAACGGUCGUUGAAAUCUAUCUAAAACGUGUCUUGAUGAAAUCGUACUGCAAUAAUGAGACCUGCGGACUUUUCAAAACCUGAAUUUAAUUGAGAUUUUUUUUUUUUGCAAACCUUGUUUAAGGGCUUAGGAAGCUUCUUCCACGGCAAAGUCCAGCCAAGUAAUCUCAACACUGUGAUCAGACAGAUGGAUGGUUUGAAAUGACCAAGGGAUAGGCAGUGAUUGAAAGCAGUUUAUUUUGUAAACCUUUUUAAGGCCAAAUUAAAGACCUGGGUUUGAUGGUAUUUGAAACAAGUAGCGUUUGUUUUAGUUAAAGGAAGUCUGGCAUGUCAGGACAAUUAAUUUUUCGUCUUUGUGUCCGUUUGUCGCAACAUUAUGACUGAAGAAUAAUUAUCCUGAGCAUUAAAGUUCAUUCUUGACCUUGGAAAUAGUAGUUUGAAUUAUAUAGUAACCAGUCAACAACCACCAGUUAACAAAGCAGUUGUUGUGUGGCUCGAGGACAAUCUCACAACCAUAGUUUAUGGAGAUUUGUUGUUUUUCGAGAUGUAAUUGAUUUAAAUUUAAACUCCCAUUUUUGGAGGUUAUUCUGUGUGAUACUAUGAAACCUAGGUUGUAAAGUUCCAGUGUGUGGCAUUGUGUGGGAUUUAUUAGCAGAAAUGGAAUAUAAUAUUCAUAACUAUGUUUUUAUUAGUGUAUAAUCACCUGAACCCUUCAUAUCUACAGCACACAGGGAGCGCAUCCCGUUCUCGGAGACUGCCAUGUUGCCCCUGCUGUGUUUCUUCAUUAGCCCAGAACAGACCUUUUAUGUUUUCAGGUUACCUGAAGGCCUCUGUAGUUCACUGAAACGCUUGGGAAGUUGCAGUAACGUGAGCCACUAUCACAGUUUUGCACUUGGCGUUCCACGAUACCACAGUUUUGGAAAGGGAGGGAUGAGCGGUGGGGAAUUCCGUUAAUUGCAACCACACCACUAGACGCUGUCAAUCCUACACACUUUAAUGUCAGUAAUGCUAACUUUGCUAACAGGGAUUCAUAGAUCCAACUUGAUCCCUCUCAACUCUGCCAAUACCAACCACCAAUCCAACACCAGUGCCCUCUUCUCACAUUUAAAAACUGUUAACCACAUUGAUUGGAACUCAAUCAUUUGUAUUUACUGUAAGAUGAAAUGAGAGUAGGGAUUGCCGUGACAGUAAGUCAGCAGCCUGUCGUGACUGAAUUAAGGAACUAAAAGUAGAAACACUACAUGUUAUGAUGACAUUGACAACUAGAAAAGGAACUCAGAGAGUCAAGGCCAAAUGUCCUAUCGCACAAUGUCAACAAAAGUGAAAAAUAGUUAGUGCAUCCGCCCUUCAAAAUGUGGAUCCGCUCCAAAAUGUCAUAGGUUCUUCCUUGGCACAUGCUUCACCCUUUCACCAAGUUUCAUUAAAAUCCAACCAAUAGUUUUUCUGUAAUACUGCCAAACCAAAACUCUAACUUAGGUAAUGAUACUGUAGUUAAUGUGGAUCAGUGACAUCUUGGCAGAUAACCAAUCAACUUAAAUGUGUUUAGGUCGGUGCAUUCUCAAUUGAAAAGUGUAGAUUUGUCUCAUAGACUGUAUAAUAGAAGGUCUGUCUGAGCAGCCACCUUUUUGUCUUUGCCUCUAAAUAUGGUCAUCCUGCAUCGUUCAAACCACAAAUGACUGUCGCCAUCUGUUGUCCUGGAGACCAAACUACAACCGCAAACAUCCCGUCAUUCAUCUGCAGUGAGAUUAUUUUGAUGGUUCAUUCUGUCCAUAGCUCUCAUUUCAACAAAACCAGCUGUUGUUUGGGAUUAUUCCAGCUCUUAAAAAUAAUCAGAUGAAUAUCGAUGACACCAGCACAAACCCAGUGUCUGCAGUGAGAGCCAUUUGUGUUCUUUUUAAGAUGUUUUGCUCCCCCUAACUUUGCACAAAAAUGCAGGUUUGGAUGUAUUGUUUGGAUGUAUUUUUUUGUAGUCAAUUAUUUAGGGUAUUCUUUUGUAUUUUGUACUGUUUUUAUGACUUCUUGUGUUUUUUGUUUGUGCAAAUGCUUCAGAGGGUGAGUGUUGAGUAAACAUACAGUAGACGUUUACUGUCACCACCUCUGAUUGACAAGAACCAAAACUUCUUCACUUUAACAAUUAAAAAAACUAAAUAAAUAUAUGAAUAUAGUGUAUAUUAACAUAUUUGAGGGAACAGGUAUGAAACAUAAAGGCAAUAACCAACCAGGAGGGAUUCUCUUAUCAUUUCAAUUUGACCUAAUAUAGAGUCAAAGUAUGUUAGACCAAAACAUGUCAUGAGAUAAUUCUCUUGAUGGAGUGUGGGAUCUGAAAUGUUGUUUUACUGUGUUGAUAUGAAAAUAUGCUCCUGUGUAUUUAACCUAGACCCACUGCUUCAAACGUCUUGUUUUCUUUUGUGGGCUCAUGUUUGGAAACUAAAGUAUUAAAAUCUCUCUGACUUUAAAUGUCAAUGGAUUAAAAAGAAAUACGUCUUGGAUGGGGAUGAACAUUACUCAGUGUUGUGUUCCUCUAAAGUGAUUUUUAAUUUGAAAAUGUAUCAACCUAAGCAAGUGGAUGAGAGCCCACAGUGAGUUAACCCUCCAGUAACCGUUCUACAGCUUUAAUUUAACAUUAACAAACAUUUUGAUGCUUAACGAUGUGAAGGGACGUGGCAAGGACUAGAAGACGGGGCACACAUCGUCACACAACAUGAUGUACUCUGAUGUUGAACACUGGGUGUGUUUGUUGAAGAAAACCAGUGGUGUGUGUGAUCUAAUUAUGUGAGGAAAUAUGGUUAUUGUGUUCCAAAAUAAAUUAUUUUCUCAAA